AUGAAAACGUUAAGUAAAAAUAGUAUUAAUGAAAAUAUUAUAAAGUUUAGUAAUGAAAGAAAUUAUAACAAUGAAAAUGUGAAACUAUUAAAUAAUGAGAAUAAAAAUGAGUUGAGUAAUAAUGAUAAUAAUAAUAAUAGUAAUGAUAAUUAUGAUAAAAUAAACAAUUUUUUAUUUCAUGUAAAAAAUGGACUAACACAAUUAGAAAAAACAUUAAGCGGUGAAGGAUAUGCUUUCAGUAAUUUAAUUUGUAAAAAUAAAAAUAUAGAUAAUAUACCAAAAGAAAUUGAAAAAUAUAAGCAUUUGAAAUAUAUAAAUAUGUCAAAUAAUAAAAUUAGUGAUAUAAAAAAUUUAUGUCUAUUACCUAAUAUAAUUUUUCUAGAUAUAUCUUUUAAUUUAAUUGAAAAUUUAAAAGGUUUUAAAAAAAAAUGCUUAGAAAAUUGUAUAUAUAUCAAUAUUUCUCAUAAUCUAAUAAAAAAUAUAGAAAAAGUAAAUUUGAAAAGCAUAAUCGAAUUUGAUUUAUCGUAUAAUAAUAUAAACAAUUUGAAUAUUUAUUUUUCCAAUACAAUAAAAAAGUUAAAUCUUUCAAAUAAUUGUAUUAAAAAUUUAAAUUUUAAAAACAAAUUAACUAAUUUAGAACUUUUAGACUUAUCAUCUAAUCCUCUUGAAAAUUUAGAUUUUUAUGAAAUCACACCAAAUUUAAAUUUUUUAAAAAUAAAUAAUAUUUCUACAUUACCAAAAGAUCAAUUAAAAAGUUUAAAUAAUUUUAAAUUUUUAGAAUAUUUAGAUAUGGAUAAUUAUUUUUAUUUUAAAGAUAUAUCCUACAAAGAAAUCAAAAAAAUUAUUCUAUCUAAUACAAAAGAUAUUAAUUUAUUAAAGUUUAAUGGGAAAAGAAUAUAG